AUGAUGUGGCUCUAGUUUCAUAAAGAUUAGAAUUUUACAGUUGAAAUUAAAAAGACUGUUUAGGUUACUAAUUAAAGAGAAGAUAAGUUAUUGUCAUAAUUUUGUGGUAUCGAAAAAGUUAGAUAUGAUAAAUAUUAGAUGGUGAUAAUCUCUUGUAGCAUUGUUUUUCUCCUGAUGGAAAUAUAUUAGCUUCUGGUAGUAGUGAUAACUCUAUCCGUCUAUGGGAUGUCAAAACAGGAUAAUAAAAAGCCAAAUUAGAUGGUCAUAGUAAU